CUGAAUGCCAAUGGGAUGGACGGGGACUCAGACCCAUUAAUCAUCAAUGCCGUAACAAUGAGCAAGCCCGAUUACUUGAUCCAGGAUCCUUUAAGUGCAGACCAUCAAAGACCACACACAAAUUCGCCAAAAAGUCCAAAGAAGAGACACAAAGAGACCCAAAUGGGUUUUCCGGGCGAUGAGAAUAAUUCCAAGCCCUCAGGGUCAGCAUCGAAACCAUUCGACCUUUCCGAAAAUGAUGUCCGCAUGUUGCAUCGUCGAACCUACCUGCAUGGCAUGGGUGCAUAUGGUGAUCCGGAUUUUAUGGGACCUCCAGGCUCACCAUUUGAUUUAUCCAACUGGGACUGGUUAAGACUUGACGCGCUCGGGCCUGGAUGGGAGCAAGCAAUGAGGGAUGUACCGGUUAACAGGGGAGAAGCCCUAAAUUUACUCAGUACGUACAAGAGUACACUUAAACUACCCACAAGGUUUCUGAAAACUCUUCGACAGCCCACGACCGGUUUCGCCCUUCUUGGGGCUCAUCCGAUAGGCGCAGUCCCCGAAUUUCUGUCAACCUUAUGA